AUGGAGCUUUUGCCUACCUUCUCAAACAAUAAAAGCACAAUGCAUCAACAGCAACAGCAGCAGCAGCAAACGAGAUUUAAAAGAUCAUCUUCAAUGCCAUUGAUAUUAACGAGGCUUGUAAGAUUCACGCAAAUGGACUUUGAGUUUGCUUUAUGGCAGAUGGCCUAUCUCCUGAUUGCACCGAGGAGAGUAUAUCGAAAUAUCUAUUAUCACAAACAGACAAAAAACCAAUGGGCAAGAGAUGAUCCAGCAUUUCUAGUCUUGCUAGCUUCAUUACUAUGUGUUUCGGCUAUUGCUUGGGGAUUGGUAUUUGGGCUCGGGUUUCUGGGUGUUGUAAAGGCCAUGUUGCUCAUGGUGCUUGUGGAUUUUGUGCUUGUGGGAUCCAUUGUGGCUACAUUUUUGUGGUUUUUUACAAAUAGGUUUCUGAAUCAAAGCAACGCAAUCACGCAAACCAACGAUCAGAAAGUAGAAUGGGCCUACGCAUUCGAUGUCCAUUGUAAUUCCUUUUUCCCAUUAUUCUUGAUCCUGUACAUUAUCCAGUUCUUCUUUUUGAAUCUCUUGAUUCGUCAUAAUUGGGCUUCUUUGGUGAUUAGUAAUGCCAUCUAUCUGAUUUCCAUUGUAUGGUACUGUUAUGGCACAUUUUUAGGAUUCAAUGUGCUGCCCUUCUUGGUUCAUACAGAGCUACUGUUGUAUCCUAUCUUUGGUUUCUUGGUGCUCUUUAUCGUAUUGUGUGUACUUGGAAUCAACCUGAGUGAAAAUGCAGUAGGAUUUUACUUUGGUUGGAGCUGA